AUGCUGAGUGCGACAUCUGUCCGAAACGCUUCGUGGUACGCUCCUUGGAGCUGGGGCAAGUCUAGCAGUCCUGUCGACGCCAGUUCCCUUACGCCUGCCGAGCGAGUGCCAAUCGCCGAAUUCUCGAAUCGUCCCGUCUCCGAGUUCGCGCAACAACAUGCCGAGCCUGUCGUCACCACAUCUACACCCGAGCUCGCCCCUGCAGCCAUUGAUAAGCCUGCCGUCGUAGACGGAGCAUCCGUGUCCACCGAAGCGGCAGUGGAAACCGCAUCUACCUACACUGAACCCAAAACACUCGAUGGCGUCUUCAGUGCCGAGCCUGUCAAGGACACUCUCCCCACGGCUGAAAUUGAUCCUACCCGCUUAAUCGACCAUGCAGGACAACUGAAGGAGCUGGGUCUCGACUACGGCUGGGGUAUGACGACUCUUUUCGAGAAGACCAUCGAAACCAUCUACCUACAAUCAGGCUGGGGUUGGGCUGGGUCCAUCGUUGCUGCUGGUCUUGUUGUUCGUUGCUCGACCUUCGUCUUUCAGGCUAUGAGCUCGGACAAGAUGGCAGCCAUGGCCUCUUUGGGACCCAUCACCAAGCCUAUUCAAGAGAAGAUGGAGGCUGCCAUCGCUCGAGGCGAUAAGCAGCAAGUCGACCUGUACAAGAUGCAGCAGGCCGAAAUCAUGAGGCCUUAUAUGGGAGGUAUUCUCUCUACUGGAGGUUUCAUGUUCAUGCAAGCCUGGAUUGGAUUUUCGGCCUUCAGAUUCUUGAGAGCUAUGGGCGAGUUGCCUGUCCCUGGCAUGGCUCAUGACGGUUUCCUGUGGUUUACUGAUCUGACCGCUCGGGAUCCUUAUUUCGUUCUACCCUUUGCCACUUCAGCCAUCAUGUACACUGUCUUCAAGACUGGAGGUGAAACUGGAAUCCAAGCCGAUGUUGGUAAAGCCGCUGCACGCCAAUACAUGUUCACUGGUCUCUCAAUCUUCCUCGGUCUCGUCACAGCGUUCCAGCCUUCCGCUCUCCAACUUUACUUCCUUGUGUCCGGUAUCAUGGGCGGUUUUACGGGUUGGCUCCUCCGCCAGAACGGUUUCAGACGUAUGAUUGGUAUCAAAACACUACCCAGUCCAGCGAGUACGGAGCUCUACACUAAAGUCGCCAAGGGCGAGUUGAAAUUGAAAGACAUCAAGGGAUCAGACGGCAGAGUUCGUUACCAGCCUCCUACCCGCACAGCUGUCCCGAACAACCGUCGUCAGUUGUCUGGUAUCAACGUCAAGCCAGGAGUUGCGCUCCCUGCGCAUCUCAAGCCGGAGGCACCCAAGAUCAACACGGAAUACCCUGACCGCGAUGUGGACUACGAGGAAGGCGCCAAGGGCAAGCCAAUCAACGAGAAGUUGGACUACUACCGCAGGAACUACCGCCUUAGCUACAUAUGGAGGAGAAUGACCAAUGCCACUGACGACGGACUUCGGAAGGUGGGCUUCGGAGACAAGAAGAUGUCAACUGAGGAGGCGAAGAGGAAGAAGAAGGCUGAGGACUACGAGAUUGAAAGGAGGCGGAGGUUCCAAAACAGGGCUUAG